UUUCCAGUAAAGAUAGCCUUUUGGAGUCGAAGAUGAGGAAAAGCCUGUAUUUUAUAGUUUUGGAAGUGUCUUCUUUUGCCAGGACAGAGAGAGGAGCUUCAGCAGUGAGAGCAACUGAAGGGGUUAAUACUGGAACUUGGCUGGGUGUCUGUUAAACUUUUUUCCCUGGCUCUGCCCUGGGUUUCCCCUUGAAGGGAUUUCCCUCCGCCUCUGCAACAAGACCCUUUAUAAAGCACAGACUUUCUAUUUCACUCCGCAGCAUCGGGCCUCACUGGCUUCAGGAGCUGAAUACCCUUUCCAGGCACAUACACGUGGGACACAAAUUAGGGUUUUGGAACCACUAUUUUCUCAUCACAACAGCAACUUAAAAUGCCUGGGAAGAUGGUCGUGAUCUUUGGAGCCUCAAAUAUACUUUGGAUAAUGUUUGCAGCUUCUCAAGCUUUUAAGAUCGAGACCACCCCAGAAUCUAAAUCUCUCGCUCAGAUUGGUGACUCCGUCUCACUGACUUGCAGCACCACAGGCUGCGAGUCCCCAUCUUUCUCUUGGAGAACCCAGAUAGACAGUCCGCUGAAUGGGAAGGUGAGGAAUGAGGGGACCACGUCUACGCUGACCAUGAAUCCUGUUAGUUUCGGAAACGAACACUCUUACCUGUGCACAGCAACUUGUGGAUCUAGGAAAUUGGAAAAAGGAAUCCAGGUGGAGAUCUACUCUUUUCCUAGGGAUCCAGAGAUUCAUCUGAGUGGUCCUCUGGAGGCUGGGAAGCCAAUCACAGUCAAGUGUUUGGUUGCUGAUGUAUACCCAUUUGACAGGCUGGAGAUAGACUUAAUGAAAGGAGAUCAUCUCAUGAAGAGUCAGGAAUUUCUGGAGGAUGCAGACAGGAAGUCCCUGGAAACCAAGAGUUUGGAAGUAACCUUUACUCCUGUCAUUGAAGAUAUUGGGAAAGUUCUUGUUUGCCGAGCUAAAUUACACAUUGAUGAAAUGGAUUCUGUGCCCACAGAAAGGGAGGCUGUAGAAGAAUUGCAAGUCUACAUAUCACCCAAGAAUACAGUUAUUACUGUGAAUCCAUCCAUAAGGCUACAAGAAGGUGGCUCUGUGACCAUGACCUGUUCCAGUGAGGGUCUACCACCUCCAGAGAUUUUCUGGAGUAAGAAAUUAGAUAAUGGGAAUCUACAGCACCUUUCUGGGAAUGCAACUCUCACCUUAAUUGCUAUGAGGAUGGAAGAUUCUGGAAUUUAUGUGUGUGAAGGAGUUAAUUUGAUUGGGAAAAACAGAAAAGAGGUGGAAUUAAUUGUUCAAGAGAAACCAUUUACUGUUGAGAUCUCACCUGGACCCCGGAUUGCUGCUCAGAUCGGAGACUCAGUUGUGUUGACAUGUAGUGUUAUGGGCUGUGAGUCCCCAUCUUUCUCCUGGAGAACCCAGAUAGACAGCCCUCUGAGCGGGAAGGUGAGGAGUGAGGGGACCAAUUCCACGCUGACCCUGAGCCCUGUGAGUUUUGAGAACGAACACUCUUAUCUGUGCACAGUGACUUGUGGACGUAAGAAACUGGAAAAGGGAAUCCAGGUGGAGCUCUACUCAUUCCCUAGAGAUCCAGAAAUCGAGAUGAGAGGUGUCCUUGUGAGUGAGAGCCCCAUCACUGUAAGCUGCAAGGUUUCUAGCGUGUACCCCCUUGACCGGUUGGAGAUUGAAUUACUUAAGGGGGAGACUGUUCUGGAGAAUAAAGAGUUUUUGGAGGAUACAGAUAUGAAAUCGCUAGAGAACAAAAGUUUGGAAGCGACCUUCAUCCCUACCACUGAAGAUACUGGAAAAGCUCUUGUUUGUCAGGCUAAGUUACAUAUGGAUGAAAUGGAAUUUGAACCCAAACAAAGGCAGAGUACACAGACACUUUAUGUCAAUGUUGCCCCCAGAGAUACGACUGUCUUGGUCAGCCCUUCCUCCAUCCUGGAGGAAGGCAGUUCUGUGACUAUGACAUGCUUGAGCCACGGCCUUCCUGCUCCGAAAAUCCUAUGGAGCAGGCAGCUACCUAAUGGGGAGCUACAGCCUGUUUCUGAGAAUGCAACUCUCACCUUAAUUUCUACAAAAAUGGAAGAUUCUGGAGUUUAUGUAUGUGAAGGAAUUAACCAGGCUGGAAGAAGUAGAAAAGAAGUAGAAUUAAUUAUCCAAGCUAUUCCAAAAGACAUAAAACUUACAGCUUUUCCUUCUGAGAGUGUCAAAGAAGGAGACACUGUCAUCAUCUCUUGUACAUGUGGAAAUGUUCCAGAAACAUGGAUAAUCCUGAAGAAAAAAGCACAGACAGGAGACACAGUACUAAAAUCUAUAGAUGGUGCCUAUACCAUCCAAAAGGCCCAGUUGAAGGAUGCGGGGGUAUACGAAUGUGAAUCUAAAAACAAAGUUGGCUCACAAUUAAGAAGUUUAACACUUGAUGUUCAAGGAAGAGAAAACAACAAAGACUAUUUUUCUCCUGAGCUUCUCAUGCUCUAUUGUGCAUCCUCCUUAAUAAUACCCGCCGUUGGAAUGAUAAUUUACUUUGCAAGAAAAGCCAACAUGAAGGGAUCAUAUAGUCUUGUAGAAGCACAGAAAUCAAAAGUGUAGCUAAUGCUUGAUAUGUUCAACUGGAGACACUAUUUUUCUAUGCAAAUCCUUGAAACUGCUCAUCAUUCCAUGAGAAAAACAAUGAGCUGAGAGGCAGACUUCCCUGAAUGUAUUGAACUUGGAAAGAAAUGCCCACCUAUGCCCCUUGCUCUGAGCAAGAAGUCAAAGGAAAACUUGCUGCCUGAAAAACAGUAACUGCCAUCAGGAUGAGAGAACUGGAGGAGUUCCUUGAUCUGUAUAUACAAUAACAUAAUUUGUACAUAUGUAAAAUAAAAUUAUACCAUAGCAAGAUUGCUUAAAAUAGCAACACCCCAUAUUUAGAUCGUUAAAAUAACUAGUGUUGCUUGGACUGACUAUUAUAAUUUAAUGCAUGUUAGGAAAAUUUCACAUUAAUAUUGACUGACAGCUGGCCUUUGUCAUCUUUCUUCUAUUUUAUUCCCUUUAACAAAAUUUUACUCCUAUAAAGUUUAUUGACAGUAAUUUCAGGUUUCGUAAAGAUGCCUGGUUUUUUAUUUUUAUAGACAAAUAAUAAGCAAAGAGAGCACUGGGUUGACUUUCAGGUACUAAAUACCUCAACCUAUGGUAUAAUGGUUGACUGGGUUUCUCUGUAUGGUACUGGCAUGGUACGAAGAUGUUUCACGAAGUUGGUUCAUCAGACUCCUGUGCAACUUUCCCAAUGUGGUCUAAAAAUGCAACUUUGUUUUUAUUUUCUUUUGUAAAUGUUUAGGUUUUUUUGAAUAGUAAAGUGAUAAUUUCUGGAAUUAGAA